AGCCCGAGUAGCAGUGAUCGGACUGACAUACGGAGUACACGAGAGUACGGGACACUCUCGUGGCCUUGCGCUCGAUCUCGCUCACACACAGUUAGUGUCCAUUCAUUCAGUGUCGUUGAAUUCGUCGCGAGUUCUUCACGGAGCAUCCGGCUUAACCGUCGGCUAAAAUUGUCGCAGUGAUUGUGAGAGAGAACGAGAAAGAGAGAGAAAGAGAGAGAAAUAAAAUGCGGUAUCGCGCGAGAUUCCGGCAUUGCAUCCCGUGUCCGUGGCUUCGCGAGAAUAUUGUCGUGGCCGCGGCCACGUUUUGCUGAGAUAUGCGCGGUAUGCCCGAUCUGUCCGCGUCAUUCCGCAGUGUGUUUGUGCGGGUUAAUCUCAAGUAUAGCGCGAGUGUUCGCUACCGCGUGAUAGUAUAUACAGGUAGAGUGUGGGGUGCGAAUAAAGGAGAAAAGAGAGGACAAGUGUAUGUUCGGUUAGGAGAGGCAGGAAGAGAUAUCCGUGUAUUAUAACGAGCAUUCCCGCACGUCAAGAUGUCGUCGUCCGGACACAGCAGUCGCACUCGCGCCGUCCACAUCGGCUCGAUCUUCCAGAAGCUACACGGUCGCUUCGCGGACGCGAUGACGCCGCCUAAGCUCUCAACCGACAAACGUACACUCGACAAGACCUGGAAGUUAAUGGACAAGGUCGUGAAACUCUGCCAGCACCAGCGUAUGAACCUUAAGAACUCGCCACCAUUUAUCCUCGAUAUUCUGCCCGACACGUAUCAGCGAUUGCGGCUCAUCUACAGCAAAUAUGAGGACCGUAUGCAGAUGUUGCACAGCAAUGAACACUUCUGCGUGUUCAUCAACAAUCUGAUGCGUAAGUGCAAACAGGCGAUCAAACUGUUCAAGGAGGGUAAGGAGAAGAUGUUCGAUGAGACGUCGCACUAUCGCCGUAAUCUUACCAAACUCAGCCUCGUCUUCAGCCACAUGCUGUCCGAGCUGAAGGCCAUAUUUCCCAAUGGAAUGUUCGCCGGCGAUCAGUUUCGCAUCACCAAGGCGGACGCGGCUGAAUUCUGGAAGGAGCGCUUCGGGAACAGUACAUUAGUACCGUGGAAGGUGUUCAGACACGAAUUGAAUCAGGUUCAUCCGAUCAGCACGGGAUUGCAAGCAAUGGCCCUAAAAUCCACGAUAGAUUUGACGUGUAAUGAUUAUAUCUCCAACUUUGAAUUCGAUGUAUUCACGAGGCUGUUUCAACCGUGGUCAACUCUUCUACGCAACUGGAAAAUUCUGGCUGUAACGCAUCCUGGCUACGUGGCUUUCCUUACGUACGAUGAAGUGAAAGCCCGUUUGCAAAAAUAUUGCAUUACCAAGCCUGGAAGCUAUGUAUUUCGGUUAAGUUGUACGAGGCUGGGACAAUGGGCAAUUGGUUAUGUCACGUCUGACGGUGAUAUUUUACAAACUAUACCACACAACAAGAGUCUAUGCCAAGCGUUAUUGGACGGCUACCGGGAAGGCUUCUACUUAUAUCCGGAUGGUCGAAAUAUAAAUCCAGACUUGACAUGGGCAGUGCAACCAACGCCAGAAGAGCAUAUUAAAGUAACGGCGGAACAAUAUGAAUUAUACUGCGAAAUGGGUAGCACAUUUCAAUUGUGUAAGAUCUGCGCCGAGCAUGACAAGGAUGUAAGGAUAGAACCUUGCGGUCAUCUUCUCUGUACUCCAUGUCUUACAGCUUGGCAGGAUUCUGAAGGACAAGGUUGUCCAUUUUGUCGAGCUGAGAUUAAAGGCACUGAGCAAAUCGUCGUAGAUCCGUUCGACCCGCGAAGAACUCACAGACCUGGGGCACAUUCGGCAUCUGCUAGUAACGCAUCAACUCCCACGCGGGAUCUCGACCCCGACACCGAGUCGUACAACAGUCGUGCGCAAGCACAGGAUAUAAUGGAGCUAUGCAAUGGCAAUUGCAGUCUCAUAUGCGAUGACUCAGACGAGGAAGACGAUUCUAGUCUCACAAAUUCGCCGGUGCCGCCGCGGAGAAUUGUUCCAAGUCCGCCUUUACCGCCCAGGAGACCCUCGCCAUCGCCUACACCAAACAAUCACCUCAGAAACGGACGUCAUCUGACAGUGCCGAAGGAAAAUGCUCCGCCACCACCGUCAGCGGUCACAGUAAUAUUAAAUUAUACCGACAACACUCAGCAAAAUAAUAAAGUGAACACAGAGGCGAGAUACGAUAUGCUGCACCGCGCAUCUUCGCCGUCGUCAGUGCCGCCAAUACCGCCUGUGCCAUCAACGACGGUGGUGAAAGUUCAUCCACGACGUUCCUACGGGAAUCACGCGACAGGCACCCCGCAACGACAAUCGCAGCCACCGCCGACAUUGCCAGAAAAAGCAUGUCGCGUCACUGCAACCAACUCGACAAUGAGUCAAACUGGAGGUCCAAGUAACAACGUGCCUCCUGUACCGCCGCCUUUGUCAGCACCACGGCCACCGAAGACUAGCAAGGAAGGUGGCAUCCGUCAAGACCAUCAUUAUGAGAACACGAUUGUGAUCUGCGGUACGAGUCAACAUGUUGUAAAGAACAUUAACCUGGAAGCAAACAGGGCACGUCUCACGGCACUGAUGAGAACAAGAGAUGAUCCGGGUGGUGGACCGAUAACCAAGCCGGAAUCGGCGGCGUACGAGAAUGUCAAUGUCGAGCAUAUCACAAGGCUGACGGCGCUCGGUUUCGCGCAGGACGCCGUGAUUAGGGCACUCGGCAUCACCAGGAACGAUCUCGAGAUGGCAUGUGACAUAUUGCAUGAAUUUGCCACAAAAUCCUCCUGACCAGGGCCGAACACUGAAGUCUCAUGACUGGCCUUACCUGCUAGACGGUAUUUUUGACAGAGAACGCGUGCGAACUUUUGUAAGUCCCACCUCUGAUACGAUGAUUCACAGACAUACAUCGCGCAUUCUCACCGAUCUCACGGUUAAUACGUUAUCAGCGGUGUUCCAUUUUAUGUUUCGAACUGUGAGUGGGAGAGAUACGCUUGCCUUGCAGACAGUGAGCGCCGAGUCACCGAUGGAGAGAAACUGGGAAUGGGAGAGCUUUUGAAGCAUCUUUGAAAACAUCGGAACACAGAUUUCACGGAUUAUUCCUCGUUACAUAUUGAUUUUCUUCAACCAUAAAUUUCAAACGUUUUCGUUUCCUGACGUAUAGGAGAUUGUCUACGCGUGAUUUCGCCAUACAUGGCACAUGAACGGCAAGAUGUAAAUAAAAGCGACCAAAGACAACUUACGUCUGCCGAAGUAUUUCUUUACAAACCAACAUACAUAGCACGAGCAAAAUAACACGUGUCCCGUAUUCUCCUUAUAGUAAUCUCUCUCCUGAGCGUAGUUAUUACUUCGUUCCUUGAUAUACUUAAGAUAAAGAUUAAUUAUAUAUUUGCGCACUAUAAGAUUUCGCUUACACGUACGUAUGUAUAUACGUCUGAAAGCGCUCCUCGAAAGUCUUCGGUCGCUCGUUUUUCACAUUUUGUAUUAUACAGAAUAUUUCAUGCAACGAACACGUGAUUCGAGAUAUCGCGUUGUUCCAGGAAACGUGUUUAGAAAUUGCGAAAUUAUUCAAUCGAAGGCAAUACAAAUUGUUCUACCGUUUAACCGAUGUACACAUGUGCACGCGCACGCGCACACACACACACACACACACACACACACACACACACACACAUUUCAGAUAUAAUUAUACAUAGAGCAUCGGUUCGCUAGAUCAUUUCACUGUAUAAAUGUAUAACGAUAGUACUGAUGGAAAGUAUAUUAGACGAAAAAUGCCUGGCACUUAAUUUUGUA